CAUUUGAAGGUUAUAAGUAUGGAUUGGUCGAUUUGCAUUUUUAUUUCAUAUGUUAAAUUUUUUUAUAAAAUAUUUUGUGAAAUUUAAAUUAAAAUUGUUUCGUUAAAACAUUUUUUAAAUGUUUGUUCAGACGGAGUAUAAAAUUAAAUGCUAAAUUUUAUGGAAACGUUUUAUAACGGUAGAUGACGUUUGUUGAAUGAGUGAAUCAUAUUUAUUAUGGCUGAAAUAAAACGAGUAACCCUCCAACCUGUUGAUGAUGGUCAAUCGUCAAAAAAAUCUAGUAAAACUGCUAAGCAAGUUGCAUCAUCAUUUCGUUUUGAGAUCAAUCUUAUAGAUUCAAAUGAAGAAACAUAUACUGAAGUAAACUAUGCUCAAUUAUUGAAGAGUGCUGAAAAGAAACAACGAAAAGAAAAAAAGAGUGAUUAUCCUACCAAUGGCUUUACCAAAUUUCCUGAUGAUGAUGAUGAUGAUAAAAUUCUUGACGUUGCUAGAUAUUAUGAAGAGAAAUAUGGAAAUCGAAAAAGAAGUGAUUAUGUAGAUUUAGGAGCAGGCUAUGACGAAAAUGACUCUUUUAUCGACAACACAGAUGCUUAUGAUGAAGUUGUACCCGAGGAAAUGACUACUGUUCAUGGUGGAUUUUAUGUAAACAGUGGACCUCUUGAAUUCAAAGAUUCUGAUAAAGUUAAUCGUAAAAACAACACAAAUGGCAGUAACAAAGAAGAAGAAAACAAAGAUGAUAAAGAAAAGGAUUAUAGUGACGAAGAAAAUUAUAGUAGCAGUGAUAAAGAGACCGAGGGUCAAGUAUCAAAUGUCAAUAUUAACAAGAGACGUCUCAGUUUUUCUAAAGAUGAGGAAACAGAGAUAAGUCAGCAGCCUCCAAAAUCUAAAAUAUGUACAGCUGGCAUAGAACAAUUGCAGCCUCCCACAAUCAUGAUACGUACAGAUCUUACAAAACAUCAACAACCUGCUAAGUCCAAAUUAGGUACAGAUGAUGCAGAAUGCGUUAUUAUAGAUUAAACAGAUUAUUGUUGAACACUAGUCUGAGCUGUUAUAACUUUUGUCAAAUAUUUAAAUUCUGAAAGACACUGUUAUUUUAUAAGUAUGUAAUAUAUAAUAUAUAAGCAUAAUUGGGUGCUUUCCUGGUAAAACAAAAUACCAUAAAUAAUUUUAAAAUGUUAGAAAACAAACUCUGUGAAACAUUCUAUUUACUCAAAGCUAGACUGUGAUACAUAUUAUUUUUACAAACAUUCAUUGAAAAGUAUAUUACAAAAAUGUUUUUGCUGAUUUAAUAAUUACUUUUAAUAAUCAAAUUUGCUAUGUCAAUAUAUAUUUAUUUCUUAUUCCUGUAUUUUUAAAGUUUAAUAAUAAGUCUCAUUUAUUUAUCUAUAUAUGAUUAUUUUGGCUAUGUAACAGUAAUUUCAUCACUCCAUUUCAUUACAGGCAGAUGCAGUGCAGAAAGUUAGAACAAUUGAAGUGCCCACUGCUUCAUAUAAUAAAGUUUUGUAAAUAACUUUGAACUAAUUCAACUUUAUUAAUUGUUACAGAUUUAACUAGAUACAUAAAGACUGAAUAUGGAUAUUAAUGUAUGGAUAUUAAUGUAUGAUAUUCAAUUGAUAUAUUUCGUAGCCAUAUAAAACGUUUUCCACGUUAUAUUUUCUAUCAGUGGUAUCCAACAAAUCAAAGUAACUAAAUUGUAUGAAUAUAUUAUUACAUAAAUACAAUUAUUCCUUUCAAACCUAAUAUCAUUUGAAUGGUCCUUUGAUGUAAUGUUCAACUUUCUUUACAAUCUCUAAUCUAAUCUAUUACAUUUUCUAAUAUUUCUUUAACAUCUUUCAAUCUACUGAAAUAUUGACAAUCUUUCUAAAUUUCUGUAGCUAUUCCAUCAUUAAAAUCUGAUUACAUAUAUUAACUCCAAAAUAAAAGGUAAAUGACAACUCUAGAUAAAUUGAUUGCAUAUUUAUAAUGGUAUUAAUAAUGAACCUGUAUAACUCGUCUAUCAUCGAAAAUGUGCUAUUAAAGUCCGCAUUGAUUUGCAAAUUCUAAUAGUUUUAUUGAUAUGACUGUUUUAAUGUAAUGUGUUUAAUUCGCCGGUAAAAUAUUUAAUUUCUCCUAGCUAAAAAUAAAAGCUAGUUUCUUUUUUAAAUUAAACUGGUAAUCAUAAACAUUUUUUGACACGCCGUCAUUUUUACUACAUAUUUUUCUAAUGCUUUUUAUCUUCAAUAAUUAUACGUUUCAAAAGAGUACGCGAAGAAAAUUAUUACGAGCUAGAUACUAAUUUUAAAAUAGCUUUGAUAAAAGAUGGAUAAAUUUAUUGUCGUUGCAGUUACUUUUUACCAAAAAUAAAAUUUUUUAAUUAAAAAAUGUUGCUCGGCGAUCCACUUAUUUUUACCGUCAGGUAAUUAAGAGUUGAAUGUUAAUUUUUUUUUGUCAAAUUUUAAGCCGAAAAUUAGUAAGUUGCUGAUUAAUACGAAAGUCAAGACAUGGACAUAUGAAGUUAAAUGUAUAUAUUAAUAUAGUAAUAAACUAUUGUUCGAAUCAACGCCGUCUUCAUUCUCUCGCGGCUAAACAAUGCAAUGUCAACAUCAUCAUCAUUUAUUCUGUCACUUGCUCUUAUCAUUGCUAAAGCUAUUUUUAAAAAAUUGAUAUUUGUUUACAUCAAUACAAAAAAUCAAUAAUGAUAUUAAUAGACAUAUUUUUUCGUUGCGGUAGCUCAAAUGAUGGCUGGCAACCCAUCCAGGCAGGACUUUGUCUAUUGUGCGAUUAAACCAAUAACAAAUGAUGCCGAUAUUCAGCGAAUCAAAGGGCUAAAUUUUUGCAGAGUGUUAUAGUGCAAGUAUUCGGUAGCAAGAUUAAAUGUACGUGCGCAUAAAAUGCUACUACGAAUGUAUUAACGUUCAUCACAAGAAAUUUUAAUUAUAUAUGUCUCUAUGACAAGCGAAAAUCUAGUAGAAACCCGCGGUUUUAUUCAUAUAUAUAUAACACUCGAUCAACUUCUGUGGUUUCAUUUAACUUUAAUAAGCUGUUUGUUUAUGCGAAGUUGAUGCAUCACACGAUAUAUUUUAUCGAGACAAAAAAGUUGCCCAGAGCUCGAUGUAAAUAAUCCGUUACGUUAUUUUUCCACCGCGCAUUUACAAAAUGAAAUCUUGAAUAAUUGUAAGAUUUACUUAUCAAUUAUGCAUUAAAAAAAUGUAUAAUUAAAACAAAAAUUUGAACAAAUUUACAAAUUUUAAGCUCCACGGAAGAAUAGGAAUUUAACUU